AUGGCAGAACGGUCAGGUUUGGGUAGACGUUUUUCGACCCUACAGCCUGCAUCAGUGGACGAACCCGCCACACUGGGUUCAAAUUUUGAUAUUUCAGGAUCAGCAUGGCUCAUUGCCGAGGCUAAAAAGAAGAAGAAAAAACCCAAGUCGAGGGGUCAGAAAAGAAAAAAGAGCUCGAAGGAUGCCGCAGAGAAGAUGACAGGACUCUCAUGGCAGUGCCUUCUCAACCAGGGUAUGUAUGCUGAAAACCGGGCUAUCAUGCUUGUGAAUAAGGGUUUUAUUCGAGCUCAGCAUGAGAUAGAUGACUUACGGGCCCAGUUGGAUGCCCAGAGUCAAGAAACUGAGGAGUUUAAACUUCUCCUUCAACAAAAAGAAGAUCAAUUAAGCCAAAUAAAAAACAAAGUCCUAGAAGAGGACAAUAAGCAGCUCUACCAGGGGAACUCCGAGUACGUCUCAAAGCUCAGUGAAUUAGAGGCCACUAUUACCCAAUUGAGGCAGGGACUAGAUUCGGUCAAAGGCCAGGCCGCAAACAUGGAGGAAAAGUUUAGGCGGCUUGAGUCCAAAAGGGCCGCUGAGAAAGAAAACUUGAAGGUUGCCCAAGAGAAGGUCGAGACUCGAGCCCGGGCCAAUGAGAAACUCAAGAGUGAGCUCGAUGCCGCUAUUCGAGACAAUGAUGGACUUCAGGCCGAGCUGGCAACUUCUAACGAGGGUCGGAUUACUCUGAGUGAUAUGAGGUCUGAGUUGGAGGAAAAAUUAAAAAAGGCUCAGUUCGACCUGAAGGAAGCCUAUGAAGAAAUUGAGGCUACCGAGGCUCGAUCCACCCUUUUAGUAGAAUAUGAGAAGUGA